UAAAUGUUACAUUGAUAUUUCCCGUAAAAAAAAGAAAAGACAUUGAUUUUCGUUACUCCUACCGGUCUCACCGGCCACCGAGAAAAAAAACCAAAUUUCUUCUCCAAAUCCACCGUUUUUCCUUACACUCCGCCGUCGCAGCGGCUGAUCUCCGCCACUUUUCACCAUUAAUGAACUCCAAUGAAAAUGAAUCUGAACAACUCCACAACACUCUUCACAUCCAUAAUCUUAUCAACUCUCAUCCUUCUUUACCUCUACUCUUCCCUCCUCUCUCUCCCCUCUCCCAAACCUGAACCCGAAUCCAAACUCAAAACCCACUUUAUCUCUCCUCCUAAUUCCUGCAAUCUCUUCAAAGGGAAAUGGGUUUCCGACCCGAAUCGAAAACCUAUGUAUGAUGAAACAUGCCCGUUUCACAGAAACGCCUGGAAUUGCCUGAGGAACGGGAGAGAGAAAAUGGAUGUGAUUAAUUCUUGGAAAUGGGUGCCUGAGAAUUGCAGUUUGAGGCAGAUUGAUCCGUUAGGGUUUCUGGGUAUGAUGAGGAAUAAGAAUAUUGGGUUUGUUGGGGAUUCUUUGAAUGAGAAUUUCUUGGUUGCUUUUUUAUGUGUUUUGAGAGUUGCUGAUAAUGGGGCUAAGAAGUGGAAGAAGAAGGGUGCUUGGAGAGGUGCUUAUUUCCCUAAGUUUAAUGUCACUGUUGCUUAUCAUCGCGCUGUUUUGCUUUCUAAAUACCAGUGGCAGCCAAAGCAAUCUGACCAGGAUGGAUUAAAAGGCAUAUUUAGAGUAGACGUUGAUAUACCUGCUGAUGAUUGGGUCCAGAUUACCAAAUUUUAUGACGUCCUCAUCUUUAAUACUGGACAUUGGUGGGGCCCUCAUAAAUUCCCAAAAGAGACACCUCUUGUGUUUUAUCAAAAAGGAAAGCCUAUUCUUUCUGCCCUUGAUUUUCAGGAUGGGCUUAAAGUUGUCUUGAAAAGUAUGAUCUCAUACAUAGAGAAAGAAGCUCCUAGUACAACGCUCAAGUUUUGGCGGCUGCAGUCACCAAGGCAUUUUUUUGGCGGAGAGUGGAAUCAGAAUGGCAGUUGCUUGUUUGAUGAACCCCUUGAAGAACCUCAGCUUGACUUGUGGUUUGAUCCCGUGAACAAUGGAGUGAACAAAGAAGCAAGGGAGCUGAAUAAAGUGAUUGAAGAGGCAUUAAAAGGAAGCAACAUUAAAACGCUUGAGCUGAGUCAUCUGAGCGAGUACCGAGCAGAUGCUCAUCCAGCCAUAUGGCUUGGAAAGAAAGAUGCAGUUGCAGUCUGGGGCCAAGACUGCAUGCAUUGGUGCCUUCCUGGUCUUCCUGACACUUGGGUUGAUAUAUUAUCCGAACUCAUUCAGUACAGUUUUGGGGAUUAACAAAUUUGAACAAUGUUAGCAAGCAAAGCAAUCGGGGGAAUCCCUUUUUUCUUAUGGUCAUUGAAAAAGGGAUUCCGGUUUUCUGUUCAAGACGACUUCCAUUGAAAUACAUGUCAAGUUACCUCCAGUCUCAACCAAAUUCACGGGUCACCAAACAGGUUUUGAGUUAAAUAUGGAGUAUCUCUGAUUUGUGGAGCCGCAUCAUUCAUUUUCAUCUGCUGAAGCAUAAUAAUAUGUUGAGCUGAAGGCCUAAAAUAUUCAUUCCAGAUUCCUCAUAUUCACACAACUGCUCGGUCUACCAGAAGAUUCUGUAGAUUAAGUUGCCGGAGAACACAAGUCCUAGGUCAUUAGCAUUCAUUUAUACAAAUCUUAACUUAUUACUAUUACCCAUACAAUGUAGAGGCCUUUGUCGCGCGGACUCUUUCCAAUUCUGUCCAAGGCUAGAUUUUUUGCAGGCAACAUCAAUACUAUACUGUAAUGGUCUGAUGACAUUUCAGAAACAUCUUCUCUUAAUGUUAUACAUGUUCCUUUCUAUUCGCGUA